CGGCCCUGUUCCCUGAGCAAACCUACAGGUCACGUCUGUCGCUCCAACUCCGAUGCAUGCACGGCUGUUGUAUUCAGACAAAUUCUGGCCCCGCGCACUUCAGCUGUCCGCCUACCCAACCCGCCGACAGCUCUCGAGUCGGGACGGGCACAACGAGCGCGUGUGGAAAUCCCGACCUUCCUACGAGCCGCAUACAAGCACCCAUUGUCUCGCCGCGUCAGUCGAUCCUUCACGCCCGCCCCGUCGGUCACGCCCCGCACCUAAAACCGCCUUCGAGAUUCACCGAUUCGAAGCCUCGAGCUGCACGAGCCUUUCUCACCCACCUGUCAGGUCCGCUUCACCCUUCGCCGACAUCAAGGGAGCGGGCAAACAACGAAACACACAGCUGCAUGCGAACCGGCCUACCCAUCUGGGACAUUGAUACUAUGGAGGAUAGCACCUUUCGGGUUGUUGGUCUCUAGCACAUUUCGGAGGAUCGCCACCGAAGUCCAGACCACCUGCCUACUCUCCCGAGCCUGUCGCCAAACCGCAUCGCACCAACACCGACGAGACACUCUCGAGUGCUGGGCAGAUAAGAUGGAUAGCAUGAGGAGGUUCGGAAAAGCCAUGUUCCCAGGUGCUUUCGCGCCCAAGGACACGAUGAACAAGAAGACUCCGACAACCCCUCGGCCCAUCGAUGCUCAAUUAGACGAGAUACAGAAACCCCAGGCCAGGGGCGGAGACCAGUACUCAAGCCUCCAGUUCGUUCCCAUAUCUCAGGCAGGCGGCAGAGCAUCCCUCGAUAGCAACACAGAGCGCGACGGCUCUGCGACUCCUAGGAGGUCAUCACAGUCGACUGUGGCGGCUGCGGCUAUACGUGAAUUACGGAGGGUUGAUAAAAAAUUCGGGGCCGCGGGCAAAAGCAGGCCGCGAAGGACACCCGUCCUGCCUCAACAGUCAUCCCAUGCACCGAGAUCAUCACCCAAGCACCUGACAACCACUGCACGUAACCCUCGCGCAGUCGAAGAAAUUGAAGACGAUGACGACGUCGUGCUGCUCAGCGAGCAACCACCAAGCCAGGAACCCAGCCACGGCGCUGCCCGCAACUCUAAACAGGUCGAUCUUACGAAAGAAGACAAAGCCCCUCGCCAGGAACUGGUAAUUCACAUCCCAGCCGACCACCUCCCACCCAACCGCCUGAAUCGGAAACGAGCCAAAGCAGAUAGCCCCGACGAGCUCAACGAUGACGACUAUCGGCCGGAAUCGCAAACCAAGAGACAAAGGGGAGCACUCCCUGCGGCUCCACGAGCUGGGAAGAGCUCAAGUCUGUCAAGAAAAGGGGACAUCGGGUCGAAAUUUGCUCUCCCGCGAGGGACCAGCAAGGGCAUAAGCACGAGCGAUCGUGAGGUGUCCCAGUUUCGCCUCAUGGCCGCCGUCUGCCCCCCGCGUUUUAUAUGCGACAAUGCCCUGGUCCUAGGACCUCGCCAAAGCGGCCUGGGAGUACUCGACCCAACACAAUAUAGAAACCUGGAUGCCCCCAUGGAUAGUCAAGGAAAACAGCCCCCUCGGUACGAGUGGCUCCAGGUAUCCCCGGCGACAACGAACCGAAUCUUCCACAGCCCGUGCUGCCAACAUGUCACAAUCGAUGGUUCCAUGGUCAAAGAUUCUGGUGGCAAGCUAUACCUCAAGUUCUCGAGCCCGCAAGACGGGCGCAAUUUCGUGGCUUGGGCCGAACAACAUAUGGGGGCCAAGGCGAAGUCCCACAUUCAGGAGACUCCAAAUGCCGAAAAGAAGUUCGACAAGGCACGAGAUGAAGUCGGAAAACAUGCCGAAGCUCGGCGGAGCAGAGAGCAACCAACGCAUAUCUCCAAGGCCGACGAUCUGAAGUCUCGCAUUGUCGAUGGAGUUCUGACGGAAAUUAACCGCAAGCGAGAGGGAGCGAAUACGGGCACUCCUAUAUACGGCCCAGAGCUCGCUCAGCCUCCUAGUGCGAAGAAGAGACUACGAGAGGGUAUGACCGACGACGCGGUGGCCACGGGAAACGACACCCACGUUCGAGAAGUCAAGCGGCCCAACAUCGAGCGACACAACAUCGAGCGGCGAUCCACUCGUUCGGUUCCUGCGCCCAACGCGAUUGUGGCCAUCAACUCUGGGAUGGAGUCGUCCCCACCUCCACUCUCUUGGACGUUGGAACAUCACGGAUGGGAUAAGGAGUGGCGAAUGCCCCUCACGUACCAUCGAACAACAAUCCACAAGGAAGACGUCGCGCGUCUUGACGACGGUGAAUUCCUCAACGACAGCAUCAUCAGCUUCUAUAUCAAUUAUCUUCACAACAAGCUGAAGGAGACGGACAAGCAUGCCGCCGCUCGCUUCUACUUCCACAACUCCUUCUUCUACGAGAGAUUGAAGCCUGUCAAGGGCAAGGCUAUCAACUAUGACAAUGUCAAGUCAUGGACCUCCCGGGUCGACCUUUUCAAGUACGACUUUAUCGUCGUUCCCGUUAACGAGAACAGCCACUGGUGGGUUGCGGUCAUAUGCAAUCCGGGAAAGCUGGUCCCCGAUGAACCAGCAUCCGAAAUCGAGGUUUGCAUGACAAAGAGCGUGGUCGAAUCGCGGGCUUGGGCUCGAGACGACUCGGAAGGCGCUGGAGAAAGCUCCCAAGACCCCCCGGAGGCCCCGAAGAAGUCCUCCAAAGACCGCUCCGUUCCGCCAUCGUCAUCUCCUUGUAUGUCGCCUGUCACCACCAGUGUUAGGGAGCAAAUGCGAAGCAUGUCCUUGAGCCAGCAAGAUGCAGCGACUCCUACCAAGGAGACCCUUAUUUUUAUCGACGACAAGCCUGAUAAUCAAGUCAUAAUCCCGGAUGACGACGCUCCUGACCCUCCUCUUGUGGCCAGUGACAUCCCGUGCCUGAACAAGAAAAGGAAGGAGUCGUCUCAGGUGAGAGAAUCGCCUCAGGCCCAGCAGCCAACAUUGCCCACGGGGAAGGAACCAAGAGUGAUCACGCUCGACUCCCUUGGCUCCGCUCACUCGCCAGCGUGCACUCACCUGAAGCAGUACCUGUGCGAGGAGCUUCUGGACAAGAAGAAACAACAAGUCGUGAUGCCUUCAACCUUUGGUCUCACUGCGAAGGCGAUACCGCUGCAGAGCAACUACUGGGACUGCGGCGCCUAUCUGCUCUCGUACAUCGACUUCCUGAUGAAGGACCCCGAUGCCUCAAUCAAGGCAAUUCUGGAGAAGAGAUCGCCCGGCUGGCGUGUCGAUGCGUCCAAGAUCAGGAGCGAGAUACGAGACGUCAUAAUCAACGAGCACGCCACCUAUCAGAAGAAAGAGGAGGCCACAGCGAAGGCAAAACAGGAGCAGAAGCGACUCAGGAAGGAGCGGGCAGCCGCCUCCUCUGUUGCGGGGAGUAGCCCGGCCCCGCCGAUCUCUCAAGUAGUGCCCAGCAGCCCGCCCGAAGCUGCGACUCCAUCGGCCAAGGCGACUGCUCUACUCGCAGAUAUCGUUAGGCCAUCGAUCGAACACAGCAAUCCGUCGGUUGGGGGUAUUGUGGCCACAAGCUAGCAGCGUGGUAGCCAAGCUCCUUUUCGCGAUGUCACUGGGGGCCCUGACCAAAGUUCCCAGGGCAAUUGGAAGAGCAAGCGGACUCCUCCAUUGUUCCCAGGGAUUGAGAAGGCAGAUUCGUCUUCGUCACCCUUCCCAGAAACUCUAUAUCGCGAGUUCCCAUUGAGCACAUCACGCCAUCCUCACGGGCAUUCUUGCUCCCCACAGGCAGAGCGUGUGGACUUGACAUCGCCCCUGAGGCGGAAAGUGUCAAGCAAGGGCCUAGCGAACAGGUGCUGAGCUAAACCAGAUGGAUAGUAACGUAUGAAUUUACGGUCUUUGGCUUUUAAAUAGAUGUUCAUGUUGACAAGAGGGUGCAGGAAGGUGUCGGCAACGGAGCUUUUUUUCUUGUCUGCUUUUCCUCCUGGCUGUUACGGCGACAGCAUUGCGUGGGCGUCUGGUUUUGGAGCGGAUGGAGUCAUACCUUUUCUCUAUUGCCAAUUUCAUGCCCCCUUCAGCGCUCGUCUUUUCCUUUUGAUUUCUUUUCCUUCUUGUUCCUGGUGCGAUAAUGGUGCAUCUAAAGGGGUCCAAAGAGGGCCUUUUGAGCUCCUUGCUCCUCUUAGCGUCUCUUCCUGUUUGGCGAAGAACUCGGGCAUAUGCGGUGUUCGCGAUCCUGCUCUCCUACCCCCAGAAGAUACCAUAAUACGAUGUAUGAAUACGACUAAACCUACUCCCAUCACGAAGGUGGGAGUGUGCCUCUAUCGCUGGGCCUUUGACUCUCUCGGCCAAGUACCCGAAUGGCCA